AUGAUACCCUCAUUGCUUCUAUUCUCCCUAAUCCCCUUUACCUCUGCCAAUUACCCUUCCCCACACUCAAUUUCUUCACAAAACACUUGCCUAUCCUACCAAUGUGCAACCACAAGCAAUAUAGCAAUCCCUACUGGCUCCUGCGGGCGUCAAGUCAACAAUACAGUCUACCUUCAGCCUUGCUCCUCCUCCGCUCCAUAUUGCCAAACCAGCAAUCUAACUUGUAUUGCAGCCCCUGUCAAUAACACAGAUUUACCUUACCCAGGCGAACCUUGCAUUUCAAGCUGUAAAUUCGGGACCUGUAAAAAUAACUAUUGCUUUGGGGCUGCCUUAUUAGAAUCCUGCACAUCCCAUGAGCAAUGCAAUCCAGGCCUGCGAUGUGGCCCUAACAACCAAUGUGUAGCCCAAAUAAAUAUUGGAGACAUGGGAUGUCGCGAUUUCCAUGACUGUGUCAAUUGGGCUACUUGCAACUGGACCUAUGGUACCUCUAACGGGGUUUGCAACCAAUACGCAACAAUUUCUAAUGGAGAUAUUGUGACUGACUGCACCAAUGGGUUUUCUUAUUUAUGCCAGUCAGGAUUUUGUAAAAAAUCAGCAAAUGAUUUUUAUGGGUCUCUUGGAGUUUGUUCAGAAGCCCCAGUAAGCACAGCCCAGAUGCCGACUAAAUGCAGCUCAGAUAUGGAUUGUGAAGGGAGUGAUGGGGACAAUAUUUAUUUAUCAAGCUGCACCUGUGGAUAUAAUAGCCAAGGUGCGUUUUAUUGUCAGCCUUUUAUAGGGGAUGCUGCUGGACUUAGCUAUAUAAGCACUUGGGUAAAAAGUUUGCAAAGGACUAAUAAAUGUAAUACGGUCAGAAGAAGUGCAUCAGGGUGCUUGCAAUUUGUGAAUAAAUUGGAUGAUACGACUCGUGCUACUUGGGAGUAUCUUUAUUAUCCCCAAUUACAGAAUAAUGAUCAAUGCGUGCAGGCUACUUACAAUUAUCCUUAUUAUUAUGACUCUGCAAACUUUUUGUGUGUUUUUGUAAGCGUGGCUAUUUCAUUCUUAAUAUAA